AUGGCAGCUAUAGACAAGCGUGAAGGAGCUUGCGGUACAAAAAGUAAGAAACAGUUGGGGAAAUAUUGCGUUGCUGGUCGACCUGGUAAUAUCAGUUGUAAGAAUAACUCCACCGUCCAAGGAAUAUCCAUGCAUGGAUUCCCUAAGACUGAAGGAACUCUGCGAAAUUUGUGGAUAAAGUUUGUCCAACGACAUCGACCUAACUGGCAGCCAUCGCCAUAUUCGGCAUUAUGCUCGGCUCAUUUUGAGGUGCAUUUCUACCUCCAGCGUCCAGACGUCACUGUUAACCAGUUAGACACAGACAACUCCUUUCAAACAAAGAAAAUGUUGGACAGAAAGAUAGCCUAUCCUACGAUUGAUACUGUUCAGCCUGAGCGAGAAGUGCAUAAUAUUUCUGAUCGUGAGCAUAGAAAUACGGUGGCCG